AUGACGUCAUGUUAUGGAUUCCCCAUGCGGUUCGAGCCGCACGCCGCAAGUAACAGCGGACGAGAGUUUGUGGUCGUUUUCCUGGAGCACGUCAUCCGGAGAAGUAAUCUGGACUUUUACAUCACAACCGGCCUUGCCACAAACGUGAGCGUCGAGAUAUCCGCGCCGGGACUGCCGUCUAAACAGGCUCCGAUUCGCUUAACCUUGACCCACGGCAUUACGUCGCACGCAGCAGUCAACACUAAUCUGGCUCUAAAAGGUGUGUGGGGGCAGGAUCUAGGUACACAGAAAGCCAAGAAGGGGAUCUUCAUCUCCAGCGACGGGGACAUCAGCGUCCAGUGCUACACCACCAGCACCCACUCGGCCUAUCCCAACAGCGUCGGGGGCUACCUGGCGCUUCCGACAGACGCCCUGGGCAAGGAGUACAUGAUAACGACGUACUGCGAGGCCAACAGCUGUGCGUUCGCCGUUGUCGGGACGGAGGAUGACACACAGGUGCAGCUGGUCCUUAAGCUACCACCCAGCAAGAGGGUCAGGUAUUCGGGAACAAACUACUACAGCGGAGACACGAUAAGCGAGACCAUCGACAGAUUUGAAGCCAUAGAGCUCAUGUCUUCCGGAUCCUUCUCAGGAACUGUUGUGACGUCUAGCAGAAAUGUGGCUGUGUUUAUAGGAACUGAUUUCUCCUCCGUGGGAGAAGGCUCGUCCAUGGACGCAAUGACUGAACAGCUUGCUCCGCUAGACACGUGGGGCAUGGACUAUUUUUUGGUUCCUUUUCCUGGUCGAUCCACGUUUGAUCUUCUUACCGUCACUGCGCAGUUUAACAAUACCCUCGUGGAAUUGAAUGGUACACGACAUACCAUCAUGGAAGAAGGUACCAGUAUUAAUCUGAAGCUGCCGUCUGACGCACCAGCCUACCUGUGGUCAAACAAGAGGGUUUUGGUCCUUCAACUCUCGACCAGCCACGGCUCAGACACCGAUUUUACGGACCCCAGCAUGCUAGCAGUUCCACCCAUCAAACAGUGGUCGUCGGGCUAUACCUUCGCGUCAUCCAGCACAACGUCCAAUGCAGAAGAUGUCGCUUUGGCUCUAAUCGCCAAUACCAGCUGUGUUUCUGAAGUUUCACUAAGCCACGGAUUGCAGCUGGUGCAUCUGAAUUGGACUGUGGUCGCUGGAGUUGGUUAUAGCAUUUCGUACACAACUUUACAGGAUGGUUUUUACGAAGUCCGGACACUGGCGCCGGGUACGUGUCCCUCGUUUGGAGGAUACCUCUAUGGGCCGGGGUACAACUUUGCAUGGUCAAUGCCGAUUGGACAGUCUUUCAAAAUCCUUCCAGACAUUUAUCCUUAG